UUAUUGUACAAUCGGUUUCUGCCAAAUUCUAGUUUGACCUCGCUGUUGCCAUAUCCUGACGUUUGAAACUACAGCCCCCACAAUGCACUCGGCGCGGCUCGUUUCCGGUCCUGCGCCGUCUCUGGAGCGGAUUGGAACCCGGAGUCAGGACUGGAUAAAUGAAGGGUCUCCUGCAGGGAAGGUUCCAGUGAUGGCUGAGCAAACACCAGAUGAGUUCAUCUGGUGCGAUGAAUGUGGCCAGUACCAUGACUCAGAGUGUCCUGAGCUGGGACCACUGGUGACCGUCGAGGACUCCUUCGUCCUCAGCCGAGCUCGCUCUAAAAGUGGAUCAUGUGGAGAUAAACUGCCCAGUGAUAAACUGUUCAAGUGUGAUGAAUGUGACAAGUUGUUCAGCCGCAAGGAGAGUCUGAAGCAGCACAUCUCUUACAAGCACAGCAAGAACAUGCCUGACCAGGAGUACAAAUACAAAUGCAACACGUGUGAGAAAUCCUUCCGCCUGGAAAAUGCCUUAAAGUUCCACAACUGCAGGACAGAUGAUAAGACGUUCCAGUGUGACAUCUGCUCGCGGUUCUUCUCCACCAACAGCAACCUCUCCAAGCACAAGAAGAAGCACGGCGAGAAGCUCUACUCCUGUGAGAUCUGCAACAAGAUGUUCUACCGCAAAGAUGUGAUGCAGGAGCACCACAGGAGGCACGGCGUGGGACCAAAGCACAUGAAGAGAGAGGACCUGGAGGCCAAUGGAGAAGAAGGGACCAAGUACAGGAAGGAGCCGUCACCCUGUCCCAUCUGUGGCAAGGUGUUCUCCUGCAGGAGCAACAUGAACAAGCACCUGUUGACUCACGGUGAUAAGAAGUACACCUGUGAGAUCUGCGGCCGCAAGUUCUUCCGCGUGGACGUCCUUCGAGAUCACAUUCACGUUCACUUCAAGGACAUCGCCUUAAUGGAUGAGCAGGAGAGAGAAGGCUUCAUCAAGAAAAUCGGCAUCUCGGCAGGAGACAGCGACGACACAGACGACGACGAUGAUGAAGAGGAGGACGAUCCUGAGCACCACAAGUACAACUGCAAGAAAUGUCAGCUGUCGUUUGCCAAGGGGAGAGAGUACCUGAAGCACAUCAUGGAGCAGCACAAGGAGAGAGGUUACGGCUGUGGGAUCUGCAACCGGCGCUUCGCCCUGAAAGCCACGUACAACGCUCACCUGGUCAUCCACAGAGAGCAGCUGCCGGACCCUGCAGUGCAGAAGUACAUCCACCCAUGUGAAAUCUGCGGCCGAAUCUUCAAUAGCAUCGGUAACUUGGAACGACACAAGAUCAUCCACACAGGGGUAAAGAGCCACAGCUGUGACAAGUGUGGCAAAUCAUUCGCAAGGAAGGACAUGCUGAAGGAGCACCUCAGGGUUCAUGACGACAUCCGGGACUUCCUGUGUGCCGAAUGUGGGAAAGGCAUGAAGACUAAACACGCUCUGAGGCACCACAUGAAGCUUCAUAAGGGCAUCAAAGAGUAUGAGUGUAAGGCCUGUAACCGCAAGUUUGCCCAAAAGGUCAACAUGCUGAAACACUACAAGAGACACACGGGUGUGAAGGACUUCAUGUGUGAGCUGUGUGGGAAGACGUUCAGCGAGAGGACCACUCUAGAAACACACAAGCUCAUCCACACAGUGGGGAAGACGUGGACGUGUGCGACCUGUGAUAAGAAGUACUUGACAGAGUACAUGCUGCAGAAACAUGUGCACCUCACCCAUGAGAAGGUGGAGGCCCAGUCGUGUCACCUCUGCGGGACAAAGGUGUCCACCCGCGCAUCCAUGAACCGACACCUGCGACGUAAACACCCUGAGGUGGCGUCCGUGAGAAUGGAUGAGUUUGAUGAUCUUCAGGAACCUUCGUCAAUCAAUGAUUCGUCCAUGCAGCCCACUCUGACCCUGGAAAAGGACAGCAUGUCUCAGGAAAGGCCCAUCCGACAUUUCCGACACCCCAAGAAGAAGCAGAGGGUUCCAGUUGAGCCGGAGCUCUCGGAGUCCGACGAGUUUGUCGACUUCACUGAGCCGAGACACGAAACCAUGCCAGAAUAUAACACCGUCAUCGUCGGUGAAGAAACUGAGACGAGCUCUGCUGUGCAGAGCAUCCAGCAGGUGGUGGUUCUUGCCGACCCCAGCGCUCAAUCAGCCACCUCCCCCAACAGCUCAGUGGGGCUGACCAACAUCACCGUCACACCCAUCACCAGUCAAGCCCCUGCCCAGUUCACCAGCCUGCAGCCUGUAGCUGUGGGCCACCUGACAGCCAGCGACCGGCCCCUCACGCUGGACAACUCCAUCCUCACCGUCACUUUCGACACCGUCAGCGGCUCCGCCAUGCUCCACAACCGUCCCGCCGAACUCAUCCCAGAGACGGUGGGUCCCGGCGGAGGCUCGGCGGCUCAAUCAGUCACCCACUUCAUCAACCUCACUACUCUGGUCAACCCCAUGGGCCACCAGCUGGAGGCGCCGACUCUGCCCUGGAGGCCUGUACCGGCAGCUGAGGGCAGCCAGGUCACCCCUGUGGUGGAGGGAACUCAGGGGGAGAGUCAGGAGGCCCAGAACCAGGGUCAACAGCCGGGUCGACCCGGCCAGAGCCAACCGCCCACCCCCCAGCACCAGAGCAGCUCAGCACAGCAGAUGUUCGGCUACUGAGCAGAGAAUAGAGGUGCCGGUCACCUCACACUCACCAACAUUGUUACAUAGUCGAGUAGAUUUUAUGCCUGAACUGUCACCAGAUGCCUCUCCAGCUCCAUGGAAGUGAAUGACCUUACUUUUUUUUUUUUCCUUUUGUAUACUUACAAAACAUAGUGUCUGUUAUUAACAUAUUAGAAAAAAGAUGGUACAUUCAGCCAGAAUCCCUGACUCUCCUCUGGAAGAUUUACAUUUCAAACCAAAGCAACAUGUUGAAUAUUCAAAUGCCUUACCAGCCUUUAUAAACACAUGCAUGUCUUCAAGAUGAAUCUGCUGCUCGAAAACUGAAUCAUGAAAAAGACCACAUGUUACAGUAAAAGCUAAAUGAAAACACUUGUGCCAGGUGAAGUGAUAAGUGAUGGUUGUCAUGUUCCCAAAAGUGGCUCGCUCCUGAAGUCUUUAUUUUUAAAUGCUGUAACUAGUUAUUGUUGAACUGUCUGGGAAAAAAAUACUGGAAGCAUUUUUGUACUGUUAUUUUUUAACAAAAAAAAAAACUCUUUAAAAUGG